AUGAAGCCAACUCAAGCAAACAACGAAUGGACGGAGCAGGACAGUCGGUUUUCGCAGUGUGAGAUGGCGGCUGAGCAGUUCGGGGACGGCGACGAGAUGACGAUCGAUGCGGUGAAGAAGCUGAUCGCGCAGAGGGAUGAGCUCGAUCGACGUAUCGCUGCCGAGGAGAUGGUACUCAAAAAUAACAAUAUAGAUAUGACGACGAGUCUGGUUGAUGCCGAGGGUUUCCCGAUCUCAAGUGUUGAUGUGUGUUCGGUGAGGCGAGCGCGAAAUGCGAUCAUCUGUGCGCAGAAUGAUCGCAAGAAGCUGACCGAUGAGAUCGAGAAAGCAAUGCUGAGAUUGCACGAGCAGAAGCGGCAGGGCAACCACCAGUCGCCAAGUAACGAUGAAGGAAGGGAUGAAAAGCCGGUACACCGGACAAGCAAUAAUCCAUUUGCGCGGGUUGGUCAAGUGAUGGCGGGAUCGCCUGCAUCUGACGCGUUGCUUUGCCAGGGUUUGAAAGAUGGUGAUCAUAUUAUACAGUUUGGUCCAUUGCACGCUGGAAAUUUCAAUGAAAUGCAACAAUUCACCACCAUUGUACAAAAUUCUAUAAACCGGAUGAUCAAGGUAACGAUAAUGCGAGAUGGACGAGCGAAGCGUUUAGAACUUGUACCGCGAACAUGGUCCGGGAGAGGUGUUCUUGGUUGCUCCGUUCUUCCAGUCACAUCUGCUCAUCUCAUCUGA